AUGAAGGACGACAAAUGCUCAAUGUGGAUGGCAGAGGAACCCGAUGAAGCACGUAGUCAAAUUGGUAUCAUGUUGACCGCACUCAGCAACGGAAAGUACGAGUACUUUACAAUCUACCGAGUACCGCCGGAUACAGAGUACGACGAGUUUCCAGAUAUGGAUGAAGUCAUCCAGAGUCGAGGUUACGGGCAACGAUUCACCGUCGAGGUGUUUCAAAUCGGUCAAGACGGUCUCUGUCGCCUCUUCGUUGUUGGGCAUGCACAAGCCGCCAACGAUUGCGACGAGUGCGAACAAAUCACCGCCCCCGACGGGGCUAUCGACUGGGUUCGACCAGCUGAAGUUCUGGACUUGGCCGAAGCGAUCAGUCUAUUCCAACACUACUACGACCAUGAUUGCAUUCCGGCGGGCUGGCACCUUCGAGAACGGCCAGAGUUUACUCGCGAGGUCGAUAUUACAGACUGA